AUGGAGUCGCGCGAUGAGCAUGCCAGGGCCUCAGUGGAUGACAUCAAGGGUGAAGGUGUUGUCCAUCAGUGCGAAGGUAUUGUACCUUCCUCGGCAACUCUGUCUUCGCGCGGCAACGGGACGGAGAAAGAGCUGCAGAUGCGCCGACUCCAGCGUGAGAAUCAUCUCCUGCGGUUGCAACUCCUCAAGCUGCGCGAGCAGCAGCACCAGCUACUUCACACCAGUGCGGCGACAACGUGUCCGGCCUCCCAUGGUGCUCUAGCCGUAUUAGACGUCGUAGAGGCGGCGGCGCCGGAGUGCGCGGUAGCCCCACCCCUGCUGGCGCCGCAGCAGGUGCUCUCUGACACAACCGAAGAAGAAGAAGCUAGCACCCUACGCGCCCGCAUGUUGCAGCGGAGAGAAGAAAGACAGCAGCGCGCCAUGGUGGUGCGGUCGCUACUGCACAACGUUCAGCAUCUUCACAACGAGCUCUCUCAACAGCAGCAGCAACUUGAGGCGGGACAGAGGAACUCGGACGGCACCGUCACGGCAGUCUCGCCCGCGUCUCCACUUCUAGAAACGGCACUGGCAGAGCCGAUGGAGUCGGCAGCUGCGGCAAAGCUCAACACCAUCCAGGACGCCUACGAUGAAAUGGUCCAGCGACAUGCAUUGUCAACCAGCCCUUCCCCAGCGUUAUCUGCGCUGGCGUUGCCGGACAAGCCUGCCUGCGUCGGCACGCGCGCCGUCGACGACUUGUCGGCCGAGGCGCUGCUGCAGCGCUUUCAGCUCCGCAAGUCACAGCGCUUGCUGCGGCUGGAGCAGCUGUUGGGCCCUGAGUACGAUGCGGCAGGGAGCGCUGCCGCUGGGUCACGCUGUGAAAAUGACAAUACGGAAAUGAUGCCUCUCGGUGCCGCGCCCCAGAGUGCAGAUACCGGGCAACGUGGAGAGUGGGGGCCAUCCUCUCUCAUUAGCAGCGCGGCAGCGGAAGAUGGCGGGGUGAAGGGGAUUGACGGCGACACCGGGAGCGGCAGCCUGCCUCGGCGCCCCGGCCGUGCCGGGGAAAGCGGUCACAGUACAACAGCAGCCGCUAUAGCCCCAUGCGCUGGGCCCACGAAGAACCCGAAUCAAAUUGGCCGUGCUGUGAGCGACGCUGUGAAAAACAACAGCUGGUACCUCUGCAAAGUACUGGAGGCGGCACUGCUCGACACAAUUCAAGCGCGGCCGACAAACGAGACACCCGUGUUGACACUGUCGACCUCGUCGGAGAAGCACAAUCCACUUGGCUUACACUCUAGGGCAGCGUCGCUUGCAGACACGUCAUCGUUCUCCUCCUCGCCUGCCUCAGCUACUUCACUAUGCAGUCCUAUCGUCAGUGGGGCUGCUGCAAGCGGCGCCUACGUCUCCACGACCCUGACGACCGGAGCCGCGCCUGCAAUACUGCAGCCAGAAUCGAUCGCGACUUCUCCAACCUCCAUGAAGGUCCCCCAGCUGCUCUACCCCAAGGGUGUGAGUGACACGGCGCUGAAGCGGGCUAUCGAGGAGUCGCUGCUCCUGCCCUUUCGCUGCAUGCAAGACUCACCACGGCGUUUGACGCCAUCACAGGCGGCGGAGGAGAGUUUACCGGCGUUCGAGGCAGAGAACCGUGACGCAGAGCUGCGCCGUUGCUUUGCGGAAGGUGCCAGCAAGGAUUUGUUGCUCAUCAGCGGUACGCAUCGCGAGGACAACGUAGAAGGCAUCGCAGCUGGAAAUGACGGCGAGCCUCCCGAGGGGGCCGAUAUGCUAGGCGCCAACGACGAGAACCUCGACCCGUUCGCCCGUCUGCUGCUCGCACGUCUCUCCGCCAAUUUACCUGCGACCACCGCCAAGUCAGAGAAGAAGAAUAAGCAACCGAGACAGUACGGCAGCAGCAGGGAUGAGUCCAUGCAGUCGUCCUCCAUGUCCCUCGGCGCGUCUGCGGUACCCAGUCCCACAAGAUCGAAGGCUGGUGUUGCCUUCGUGGCGGCAGCUGGCAGUGACCGCCGCGUGCACGCCCCCAAGAAGCACUUUAGUCGCCUCGAUGAGGUGCAGGUUGAGAUGCACGCACCGGUCAUCUUCAACCAAAUCCGCGACUUCCUGCGCAUGGACGUGGACCGUUUUCGGCGCGCCUUUGCACCAACCUCGCCGGCGCAGCCCGAUGCAGACGGCGCUGAAGCAACGAGCACUCCGCGCCGGCGCGCGGUCCAGGCACAUCAACGUCGUCGUGUCGGUGUCUCGGUCGGUGCGGACGAGGCCACCGCGUGGCGCAUCAGUGUGUCGCCUGGCAAGAGCGGGACAACCUUGCUGUACUUUAGCGACUUUGUCAUGAAGACGGUCCGGCCCAGGGAACUGGACUUCCUACUGCGCAAGUUCCUGCCAGCGUAUGUGCGGUACUGCGAGCGCAACCCGCAUACGCUGCUGCCGCGCUUCUACGCGCUAGCGACGCUGCGGUGGUGGAAGGCUGGUGUGGUGCAGCACUUUGUACUCAUGCAGAAUGUCUUCGCAACACCGUACUACAUUCACCGUAUCUACGAUGUGAAGGGCAGCACAGUGAACCGGACAGCGCUCCAGCCGGGCAAACCGCCGCCGCGUACGGCCUUCGGGGCGCUCCUGCUCAAGGACAACGACCUACCUCCGCAGCUCAUUAUGUGUGGCACGUAUCAGCGCGCCAUCAUGCUCGCCCAGUUACGCUCCGACGUUGGCUUCUUGCGCCAACUCAACGUGGUGGACUACAGCUGUAUGAUCGGUGUCCGUAGUCGUCUCUUCUCCCUCAAAGAGGGACCCUCCAAGACGCUUCUGCUCCUGCGCCGGCAGCACAACAACACCCACAUGGACCACUUCGGCGGCCGCAUUAACAAUGUCGGCGAUGUCGCCACACAGGAAACCAACGGAAGAACGCCCAGUGAGGUCAUGUGCGUGACUGGCGAAACGGCCUCUGCAAACGGGCAGAGCAUCGGCAUGUGGGCGGUGGACCCGACGCUGUCGACGUCCUCCGCCGAUGCGCAGCAACGCGGCUCUGACGAUGAUGUCUACGUCUGCAUCCACGGGUGUGAUGGUGGAUUGCUGUCGCUGCCGAUCUACACCCCUGGUGACGACUCGACCGCGCGUGAGGAGGUAUAUUACCUUGGCAUUAUUGAUGUACUGCAGACGUACAACUCCGCCAAGAAGUUGGAGAGCUUCGCGAAAGGAUUUGUCAGCGACCGGCGUGCCAUUAGCGUGAUUGCCCCAGAUAAGUAUGCGGAGAGGCUGUACAAUGUGCUGGAGCGCAUCACAGUGUAG